AAUCAAAAAGUUGUUUCGGUUUCCUUGGUGCUCUUCCUCGAUAGGAAAACAGUCAUUCCUUCAUUAAGUUUUCGUUCGCAAAAACUUCAAUAAUAAUGUUAAGACGAUUAUAAAUUAUCAACAGAAGUUCAAAAUAUUAAACUUUCUGUGUUACAUUAUCGAAACUGAAUUUUUGAGUGAACCCUUUUCUGUUGAUAAUCACUUUUUCUCUUUCCUAUUUCUUGUUAAUUUCAUCAGAUGCAGCAAACUGUCAAAAUUAAUCAGUACUCAUAAUUGGAUUCGCAUUACGUUUCAGGGAAUAUUAAAAAAAAAAACUAAUUAAUGAAAAAGUAAUUCAGCCUUUUAAUUUCUUUUUUCAUAGAUGUAAAAUGACUUCUCCGGUAAAAAACAACGUGGAUAAAGAAGUUACAAAUGCUAAUGGUGAAGAAUCUCAAAACAAUGAAGAUUUUGUUGAUCCAUGGAAUGUAGUUAGUUCAUCUGCUACUGGUGUGGAUUAUGAUAAAUUAAUCCGCCGCUUUGGCUGUUUGAAAAUUGAUGAAGCUCUGAUUAAAGAAUUCGAGCGUGUUACACAAAAGCCCGUCCAUCAUUUUUUACGAAGGGGAAUUUUCUUUUCCCAUAGAGAUGUAAAUGAAAUUUUGAAACGGCGUGAACAGAAUAAAUCAUUUUUCCUUUAUACUGGCCGUGGACCUUCCUCUUCUGCACUUCAUUUAGGACACUUGAUCCCUUUUUUAUUUACUAAGUGGUUGCAAGAAACAUUUGAUGUACCUUUAGUUAUUCAGUUAACAGAUGAUGAAAAGUUUUUAUGGAAAGAUUUGUCUAUUGAAGAAGCUCAAAAGCUAGCCUUUGAGAAUGCUAAGGAUAUCAUAGCAUGUGGAUUUGAUGUUGAGAAGACAUUUAUUUUUUCAGAUUUACAAUUUAUGGGACAAUGUCCAGAAUUCUAUCAGAAUGUUGUUAGAGUUCAAAGAUGUGUGACUUUUAAUCAAGUUAGAGGAAUAUUUGGAUUUGGAGAUAGUGAUUGCAUUGGUAAAAUUGCUUUCCCUGCUGUUCAAGCUGCUCCCUCUUUCAGUUCAUCAUUUCCACUGAUAUUUGGAGAAAAAAAAGAUAUUCCAUGUCUUAUUCCAUGUGCAAUUGAUCAAGACCCUUAUUUUCGAAUGACAAGAGACGUUGCUCCUAGGUUAGGACUUCCAAAACCUGCACUUAUGCACUCCGAAUUUUUUCCAGCACUACAAGGUGCUCAGACUAAAAUGAGUGCAAGCGAUCCCAAUAGCUCUAUAUUCCUGACAGAUACUCCUAAUCAAAUUAAAAAUAAAAUAAACAAAUAUGCUUUUUCUGGUGGUGGUGCUACAACUCAAGAACAUCAGGAAAAGGGAGGAAAUUGUGAUGUUGAUAUAUCUUAUCAAUACUUACGUUUCUUUUUGGAAGAUGAUGUCAAGUUAGAAGAAAUCAGAAAGGAUUACACUAGUGGAAAGCUUUUAACUGGUUUUUUGAAAAAAGAACUCAUUGGAAUUUUACAGAAGUUGGUUGCAGAUCAUCAACAACGAAGAAAGGUUUUAGAUGAUGAUACAGUUAGGAAAUUUAUGACUCCUAGGAAAAUGAAUUUUAAUUUGUAAUUAUAUCAAGAUAUGUAAUUUAAUUUAUUGCAAUGAAAGAUCCACCUAUACGUUUGCCAAGCACUAUUUUUAAUUUUAAUAAAAUUGCUUAAACCAA